UUGUACUGGAGAUCCGAAACACAAUUUUUUUACACGUCGAUCCAAAGGUUGAUUGACUCGACUGGCGGUGGCGGCUAUUGUGACUACUGUCUCGCUGGGCUCUGGGGCAACUGCAUGCGAAAGAUUGCAAACGCAGAUGGAGCGAUGCGCUCAUCAUAGCGUAACUUAUUUUGCUUGGGACUUCCUCUUUGUCCAGCAGAGAAGUGUGCAUUUCCGCGGACAUCUUUGAAGCUGGGUCACGCAGGCAGAGGUCAUUCGGUGGCGUAGACACAUACGGGUGAAACAGCUGGGGAGCAGUUCGUUCACCUGAGGCCCUUUCCGGGCAUUAUUAAAGCUGUGCAGUGUGUUUGGCAUUCUGUGUGUUGGCAUGAUCAAUAAACGAGUUCGAAGUGUCGCAGGCGUCAGAGCGGACUGGCGAACUGGCAGUUCCUGCAGUUGAUCCGAUACGGAAUUUCUACGAGCUUGAAUGACGGAGUGUCAUCCUGAGUUGCGUUCCCCUCCACACAAGAAGACAGACAAAGUUGUGUCGAGUUUCGUGCAGCCUCUUUGGAUGGCGGAGGCCUCUUCGAGUCACCCAGCUUUUUCCCAUGCUGUGGCUUUUUGCGGGACACACUAGGCUCCCCAUUCCGCUGACUUCCUUCGUCCCACUAUGCGGACGCACUUUUUAAACUAGGUCUUCUAGUGAAUCCUGGAUCCAUUCGCCCAUGAGUUCGACCGUCCGUAAGGUCUUGUGCAUCAUCCCUGCCUUAUCUGCCUCUGGAAGCCGGGCAACCUUCCACACUGGGCAGCGCCAUGGCCCGUCGGUCAGCCUCCACGGGGUGGGGCGACUCUCCGAAACCCUGCCCCGUUUUGUGAUGGGAACUUGUCGGCAAAAAGGACCGUCGCAAACACCCACUGGACUUCAGACGUCGGGAUCUCACGCACAGUCGGCCGCAUGUUUUGUCCACAGUGGCGUGGCUGUGCCAAGGUCGUCGCCGUCGACCCGUGGCUCUGUUGACUCCUGCGCCUGGGCCUCCGCGUUGCUGGCUUCCCCUCCACUGUGGAGCGGUUCCUUUGUAUCCGGCCAGCUACCUCUUCUCGCUCUGCACUUCUGUCAAGGCCGGUCCAUGAAGACGGCUGCGGAAAAAGAUCCGCAGGCGAAGAGCAAUUCGCGGCGGCCGUACUCCCCAAAGGUCAGGUGGCUCGCUGAGCAACUAGUGAACCUGUCCCAGGAGGAGGCGGACUCAGUGUGUUCAUCGUUGAAGGAGCGGAUGACGGCAGUUUCUAACACGCAGUCUGGGGACCAGAAAGGAUGGACACCCCAAACCCCAGGGAACUUCACAUAUUUCCCUCACCCUCUUGGGAUCUUCGCGGCCACCACAGGGUCGCUCCGCGUCGUUGGCGUAGGAAUGCCACGCCUUCCAGCGGUGGCGAUGUCUAUCAUUCACGCUUCGAGACAAGAUGACUCAGAGAAGACCGGAGCAUCAGAGGCUACUUCGCCUCCGGUCAAAGCAGCAUCGGAGUCGGCUGCAGAUACCUCAGCACCUGACUUGGAGCGGACCAGCCAAGAAGCAGCCGGAACGUCACCAUAGAACAUAGAUGAGAAUUCUCAGAAGUAAUAGAAUGAAGGGCUGCUAGAUAACCGCGAAUGCACUCCAGAUAGCCCGAGGACAAACGGUGUUUUGUGGUGCGUCCAUUAACUGCAGGCCCCGUGGUGCUGCGCGUGGGGGUAAAGAACAAAAGAAUUUAGUGUGGAAGUCUAGCUCGAGGCGGACCGUGGACCGGCCGAUAUUUGUGUAUUAGAGAAGGAGCUGAGGUUUCCCUCGUAGAAGUAACCGGUUCUUAUCGCCGAGAUGGCAGAACCGUUAUCUGCCACCCCAUUACCGAGGGGGAGCCUUCAUACAAUGGGACGAGCAUUCGAGAGUGGCUCGUCUGAGAAUGGAUUGGUGUGGCGCACCAACAUUCGGCUCAAAAAGAAAACUCACCGGCAGAACAUUUCCCUUGAGAGAUCCACAGCCUCGUACUGCUGUUUACAAAAACGAGCACAGUUUCGACACAAGGCGCUGCAUUCUGUGCUGCACUGUGUCAGUUGCUGGAUAGUCGCAUGAAGUGGAUGUGAAGGGUAAAUGGAAGUUCCGUUGCUGAUAUUCGCAAUAUGAAGACUGCGUCUCUCGUCUUUCCUCUUUGCUCACUGAAGAUAUAUAGCGUUUGGGUACGAUGCGUGUGCGGAUGGUGGAUGUUUUCGUGGAAUCCUCGG